GAAGAACUUGUUGGUAAAGAGCAUAAAACCAGAAGCUGAAAGCUUUUCUGAGUCACCAUCUGAAGUUUUGGAGUCUUGUGCACAUGGAAUGUGGUUUUAAGGAGUCGCUAUGCAUGGAGUCUUUGCUCUAACGCGGCUCUGGAUAAUCCUCGGAAAAGCUCAUUUGAUUUUCGGUGUAAUCCGAAUGCUCAUGAUGGAUGUACCAAGUCCCACUACACAAGGUGAAUCUGUUGAGCUGAUUUGUAGUUAUAGGUUAGAUGAAGACAAAUUAUACUCAGUGAAAUGGUACAAAGACGAUGUCGAAUUCUACAGAUAUGUACCCAACGAUUGGCCACCUGGGCAAUUCUUGCCUCUCAAAGGUGUCAGAGUCGAUCUUUCAAAAUCCGGCAGCCAAUCUGUUUAUUUACGCCACGUGGAUCUGAAUAGUGCUGGUGUAUACAGAUGUGAAGUAUCAGCAGAGGCUCCAGAAUUUCAAACAGUAGAAGCUGAAAAGCCGAUGAAAGUAUUCGUUCUGCCAACAGAGGGGCCUAGCAUAACAGGUGGACGCUCUAAGUAUCGACUUGGAGAUACAGUUUCAGUUAAUUGUACUUCUUCUAAGUCUAAACCUGCAGCUACUCUCAGAUGGUACAUUAAUGACGAAUUAGCGACACCAGACAAUGAGUUGGAACAUUCUACAACGUUGCAUGCAGAUGGAUUAGAAACUUCAAGUUUAAAUUUGAGAUUUGCGGUGAAUGAUCAACAUUUUAGAUCAGGGAAUAUGAAAUUAAAAUGCACAGCCACCAUUUCUAGGGUGUACACAAUGAGUAAUGAGGAACUGUUCUUUGGAUCCGGUCUGCGCCAACAAACAUCCGGACUCCAUAUCACAGAAAAUAUGAGCCACGUCCAAAACAGAUCUUCAAGAAUGACCUCCGUCCAGUUGAUACCACUGUAUCUGCUGUUGAUCAUUUCCCUGAAGUUUAUGGCUGUAAUCAGUUCGGGUGACCCUUUUGGAUGACAGUGCUAUGAAUUCUAAAAUACAACUCAUUGAACCCCAACUGUGAUAUUUAAAUGUAUGGAUCAAGCUCUCGUCGACGUGCCUAUUCUGUCAUAGAUUAUAUGUUUGUGUUGGAAAAUGUUUACUUUUUUGUCUGCCAAAAGACUCAGACAAAAAACUUCGAUUUGAAUGUAUGAACUCUGUAAGAAAGCUUUACACAUGAAAAUGUUAAGCAUUUCAUCAAUGUUAUACGUCAUAUUUAUGUAUUUUAGACAGUGUAGUAACAGUAAUUGUUUACAAAAAAAAAUAAACUGUCUUCUUGUUCCUUA